UUGAAAAACACGACAUCAACAGUAACAGUCUCAUAUGUCCCGUCUUAACGUCAAGUUGAUACCAAUUUUUGGGGCUGGGUUUUAGUGACUUUAACCCGUCAACUGCACCGUGACUUUACCUCACACACUCUCUUACAAUACUCUCUCUCAUCUUAAUUUUAUUUUAUAUUCUAAAAAAAUGUUAUAAUUUGCCUCAAGUCACCAAAGUCUCAACCCUUCAAAGUUACUGAAUCCUAUUCCCAAUUUUUGUUGUUCCUCUCUCAAACUAAGUGGUGCCCUUGUGCUUGCUUGCUUGCAGUGUUACAAUGGCUGAUGAAAAAGACGCUUUCUAUGUUGUUAAAAAAGGGAAUCUUGUUGGCAUUUACAAGUCUUUAACUGAUAUCCAACCUUUACUUUCAUCUUCUGUUUGUGGUGAGAGUGUAAGUGUUUAUAAAGGGUUUUGUUUACCUGAAGAAACUGAGGAGUAUCUUGUCUCACAUGGUCUUAAAGGAGCCACUUACUCUAUCACUGCUGCUAAUGUUAAUGCAGCUAGUUUUGGAAAACUUGUUCCUUGUCCUUAUCAGGAUCCAUAUUCUUCUUCUGGAGGAGUUGUUAUGGUGAAUUCCUCGUCAAAGAGCUUGCAAGGUGCAUUACAAGUUGAUGAUAGUAAUCCUAAUUUUAACGGAGGAAGAACAAUUAUGACGAAUUCCUCGUCACCAAAUUGUGCCAUGCAACUUGAUACUAAUAAGGGAGGUGGAUCAUUUUCAUUUUCAACAAAUGUGCAAAAGAAGCAUUGUACAAGUGGAUUACAACUACAAGCAGAUCUGUCUACUAAUACUUGCAUUUCUUGUACACUUCACUUUGAUGGCGCAUCUAAAGGGAACCCUGGACUUGCCGGUGCGGGAGCAAUUUUGAGGGCAGAUGAUGGAAGCAAGGUCUAUCGAUUGCGUGAAGGAGUUGGUACGGCUACUAAUAAUGUUGCCGAAUACAGAGCCUUGAUUUUAGGAUUAAAACAAGCUCUCAAGAAAGGAUUUAAGCAUGUAUGUGUUAAAGGAGACUCCCUACUUGUUUGUAAUCAGAUUCAAGGUUUAUGGAAAGUAAAAAACCAGAAUAUGAGUUAUUUAUGCAAUGAGGCCAAAGAGCUGAAGAAUAAGUUUCUGUCAUUCAAGAUAAAUCAUAUUCUAAGGGAAUAUAACCGUGAUGCUGAUACUCAAGCAAACCGCGCUGUUAAUCUCAAAGAUGGUGAAGUUGAAGAAGACUAUGAGAUAAAAUGACGAUGAGUUAGUAGCUUGUAUGGCUUAUGUCUAUGUCUUAUGUUAGUCUGUAAGCUAAAUUUCUUGUAUAGUUUGUGCGUAGCUAUUUAAGCAAAUGGGAAUUCUAAAUGUGAUACUGAAUGUUUAAAGUUGUUAAAUGAAUUGGUUUUACUACCUAAAAAGAAGUAGCGAUGCAAAUUGUUGU